CGACAGGGCGUUGGGGAGCCCAGCGUGUACCACGCUGUGGCCGUCAUCUUCCUGGAGUUCUUUGCCUGGGGGCUGCUGACCACGCCGAUGCUGACGGUGUUACACCAGACUUUUCCGCAGCAUACGUUCUUGAUGAAUGGCCUGAUUCACGGAGUCAAGGGUCUGCUUUCCUUUCUAAGUGCCCCACUGAUUGGUGCUCUCUCUGAUGUCUGGGGCAGGAAAUCCUUCCUCCUCCUCACUGUCUUCUUCACAUGUGCACCAAUUCCCCUUAUGAAGAUCAGUCCAUGGUGGUAUUUUGCUGUCAUUUCCAUGUCUGGAGUCUUUGCUGUCACCUUUUCUGUGAUUUUUGCCUACGUUGCUGAUAUCACGCAGGAGCACGAGCGCAGCACGGCGUAUGGCUUGGUGUCAGCCACGUUUGCUGCUAGUCUGGUCACAAGCCCGGCAAUCGGUGCGUACCUUUCCCAGGCCUACGGCGAUACGCUGGUGGUUGUGCUAGCGUCGGGUGUUGCCUUGCUGGAUAUUGGUUUCAUCCUGCUGGCUGUGCCAGAGUCUCUGCCGGAGGAGAUGCGCCCGGUCUCUUGGGGAGCUCCAAUCUCCUGGGAGCAAGCUGACCCAUUUGCUUCCUUGCGGAAAGUGGGUCAGGAUUCUACAGUGCUGCUCAUCUGUAUCACCGUCUUUCUCUCCUACCUUCCCGAAGCCGGCCAGUACUCCAGCUUUUUCCUGUACCUGCGACAGGUCAUUGGUUUUUCCUCAGAGACUGUGGCAGCCUUUAUAGGUGUGGUUGGAAUUCUCUCUAUCCUGGCUCAGACAGUAGUGUUGGGAAUUCUCAUGCGUUCAAUAGGAAAUAAAAACACCAUCCUUUUGGGACUAGGCUUCCAGAUCCUGCAGCUUGCCUGGUACGGCUUCGGAUCGCAGCCUUGGAUGAUGUGGGCAGCAGGCACCCCGACCAGCAGGCUGUAAGCCUCUCUUGCUUUCCGUGCUCUGUCCCCAGGUGUGGUGCAGGGGAUGAUCACUGGCAUUCGGGGUCUGUGUAACGGCCUGGGGCCGGCGCUCUAUGGCUUUGUCUUCUAUCUCUUCCACGUGGAGCUGAAUGAAAUGGCUGAGGUGGAAACUUUGGGUAAGGCCUCCAAACCCAACAUGGCCAACCCUACAGAUGAGAGCAGCAUUAUCCCAGGGCCUCCGUUCCUGUUUGGGGCCUGUUCUGUCCUGCUGUCGCUGCUGGUGGCCUUGUUCAUUCCGGAACACAACCUUGCACUGAGAUCCCCCAGCCACAAGAAGCACAGUAACGGAGCCCAGACCCACACCCACAGCCCGCAGGCCGGCGGAUCGGACGGCAAGGAGCCCCUGCUCGAGGACAGCAGCGUGUGA